CUGACAUAAUAUUACUAAAUUUCAGGUGUCAUAUAUAAGCAUAACUAGGGAGAGGUACUGAAGAUAAAGAGAUAGUCCUCAAGAGAUGGCUGUUGGGUUAAUGGUGAGCGUUUCAACCGGUGCGAUGAACUCCCUCCUUGGUAAACUGACCACUCUAAUGGGGGAGGAGUUUGCCAGGCUAAAAAACCUGCGAAAACAGGUGAAGUUCAUCCAGGAUGAGCUCAUCGGAAUGAAGGAUGCUCUUGAGGAGCUUUUAUUUUUGAAUGAACUAGAUACACAAACCAAGAGGUGGAGAGAUAUAGUAAGAGAUAUGUCUUAUGAUAUUGAGGACAUCAUCGAUGACUUCAUGCAAAACAUUGGGGAAAACAACAAAAGUACCGGGUUUGUUAGCAAUACAGUUCGAAGACUCAAAACUUCGAGGGCUCGUCAUAGGAUUGCUGGCCAGAUUGAGGAUAUAAAAAAACUUGUUAUCGAGACAAGUUUACGGCGUGAAAGGUACAAGCUUGAUAUCCCUCCACAAAGGAAUGUGUUCAUUGAUCCACGGGUUGCCACACUGUACGAAAAUGCAGACAACCUAGUAGGUGUUGAAGGACCAGCGACUGAAUAUGUCAAUUGGCUAAACGAUGAGGAGAAGCAGUUGAAGGUAUUAUCAAUUGUGGGAUUUGGAGGACUCGGCAAAACAACACUUGCAAAUGAGGUAUAUCGCAGGCUCAAGGGUGUCUUUGAAGGUUCUGCAUUUGUGUCGGUGUCUCAAAAGCCUAAUGCCCAAAAACUUCUCGGUAAUUUACUAUCCCAACUUGGGACAGAACCAUCAGUUCAUGACUGUGAGUCACAUCUUCUCGACAAACUCAGAGAACAUCUGCAAGCAAAGAGGUACCUGAUUAUAAUUUAUGACAUAUGGGAUGUACAUGCAUGGGCUGUUCUUAAAUGUGCUUUUCCAGAAAAUGAUCUUGGUAGCAGGAUAAUAACGACAACAAGAAUUCAGGAAGUGGCUAGGGCAUGUUGCUUCCAUCAACAUGGUCACAUUUUAGAAAUGAAGCCCCUUAGCAAUGAAGAUUCUAGAAGAUUGUUUUAUAAUAGGAUAUUUGGCUCACAAGUAGCAUGCCCUCACCAUCUUGAAGAUGUUUCAGUUGAAAUUCUGGAAAAAUGUGGUGGUUUACCACUUGCAAUUAUUAGUAUAUCUAGCAUGUUGGCGAGUUCAGGUUCCAACCAAAAGGAAAGGUGGAAAGAUGUACUAGAUUCUCUGGGCUCAGGAACAAACCUCACAUUGGAUGGGAUAAGAAAAAUCUUAAAUCUCAGCUAUAAAGAUCUUCUUCCUCAUCUCAAGACAUGUUUGUUGUACAUUGGUAUGUAUCCAGAAGAUUACACAAUAGAUAGGUCAAAUUUGGAACUUCAAUGGAUUGCUGAAGGAUUUGUCAGUAGAGCCAAUGGACAAGAUAUGGAGAAGGUUGCCAGAAAUUAUUUCAAUGAGCUUGUAAAUAGGAGCCUUAUCCAGCCUGUAGCUUUUGACAUGCAAGGAUCAGUGACGCAGUGCAAAGUACAUGAUAUGAUGCUCGAUCUUAUCUUGCUUAAGUCUGCUGAAGAAAAUUUUCUCACUAUAUUGGAUGGAUCACAAAUCUUUACAAGAUCAGAAUACAAGGUCCGUCGGUUGUCUAUACGCCUGAAUGAAGCUAGUAUUGGUGGUACAAUAUUGCCGAGGAACAUUAGCAUGUCACAGGUUCGGUCUGUUAUGUACUUUGGGAGCUCUGAGAAUCAGAAUACACCUCCUCUAUCGAUGUUCAAGUUCCUCCGAGUACUUUUCAUUGACCUCGACGAGCCUAUAGUUGACUUCACUGGAUUGUUUGUACAGUCAGUUCAUACCAGCUACCAACACAGAUUAGAGCGCUCCAACAUUUGGAAACACUUAUUCUGCCCAACUUUACUACCAGAUGGGAUUGGCAACAUGAAAUCCCUACGACAUCUAGGUUACUUUGAUUUUGAGAGGAACACACUAGACAAUAUAAGAGACCUUGGACAACUAACCAAUUUGAGAUAUUUAGCUCUCGCCUGUGGCCAUCUUCCACAUGACAGGGAGAGGCGCAUGGAUGCCCUAUGCUCUUCAUUGGGAAAGCUUUGUAGCCUGGAGGACCUGCUUGUCAACGUCACUCACUCCUCCAACGUGUGCAUAGAAGGAUUGAAGAUAUUAUCUCCUCCCACAACUACCUACCGCCUUGAGAGACUCUUCAUGCCAAACCCCCAUUUUUUCAGGGUCCCUAGCUGGAUGAGGGUACUCCGUAACCUUGGCCAUCUAGAAUGCCGAGUUAAUGAGCUGCUAAAGGAUGGUGUUGGUAUCCUUUCAGAGCUUCCCUUCCUUGCUAACCUCAAUUUGAUGAUCCAAAAUGUCACAAAUGAAAUGAUUGUCAUCUAUGGAAAAGGAGGAUUCCCUGCUCUAAAGCGUUUUGAACUCCGAUUAAGCAGCGCUUCGUACUUAGCCUUCGAGGAGGGUGCAAUACCAAUGCUUCGGAGGCUUAAGCUAGUGUUCAAUGCCAGCGGAACAGGGCAGAGUGGUGACACACCAGCGGGCAUCGAGCACUUGCUAGCACUUGAAGAACUCCUUGCAGAAAUCGGCUGCGCUAAUGCUGAAGAAUCUGACAUGACAAGCAUCGAGUCUGCCUUGAGGAGUGCUAUCAAUAUGCAUCCAUCCAAUCCUCGAGUUGGAAUCGAUUUCAAGAAUUACAAUUUGACAUUUGUUGAAUAAUUUCUCCUUCUGGGUAGCAGCAAGCUGAUGGAAAUGGAGGAUGGAGAUGUCUCAGAUGGAAUCAAGCUACAGAUUUGCUUCAUGCUACCUCAUUUCGUCGACUGUUUUGUUUCUUUGAUCAGUAGACGAUGAUCACUUUUUAAGUUACAGGGUUGGUGCUUUACUCUCUACUCACAUGUCCAGCCCAUGAAUUAUCUUGGUUUUUGUUUUUUGGUGUUUGU